AUGACUCCCUCCCAGCACAACCGCGACCCGCACGAGCCGGUGGCUAUCAUAGGCAUGGGAUGCCGAUGGCCGGGUGGAGUCCAUGACACAUCUCAGUUUUGGGAGUUCUUGCGCGACAAGACGAACGGCUGGAAGGAAUUCGACGGACCGCGCUUCUCAACACAGGGUUUCCAUCAUCCAAGCCCCGAUAGGCCAGGCUCCAUAUCCAUGAAAGGCGCAUUUCUCGCCAAAGAGGACGCCCGACUGUUUGACCACGCCUUUUUCGGCAUGACGGGCCUCGAAGUAGAGACAAUGGACCCGUCCCAGCGUAAGUUGCUCGAGGUGUCGUACGAAGCCAUAGAAAAUGCUGGAGAAACAUGGGACAGCGUCUCUGGGUCCCGCACCGGAGUGUUUGUCGGCAACUUUUGCUUGGAUCACUGGAUGAUCCAAUCGCGCGACUGGGAUAACCCAAGACCGUACGCCUUUACCGGUGCUGGCACCAGCAUCCUCGCCAACCGCAUCAGCUACAUCUUCAACCUUCAAGGGCCAAGCCUGACUGUUGACACGGCCUGUUCGUCGUCCAUGUAUGCUCUCCACCUGGCGGUCAACUCGAUCCGAGCCGGAGACUGCGAUGCCGCAAUUGUGGCAUCCGCCAACUGGAUUGCGGAUCCCGGCGUCCAGAUAGCCCUCGACAAACUCGGCGCGCUUUCUGCGUCGUCGCGGUGUCACACCUUUGAUGCCAGAGCUGAGGGCUACGCUAGAGGAGAAGGGUACGGGGCCAUCUACCUGAAGAGGCCAUCGCUAGCCGUCGCCGACAGCUCGCCCAUCCGCGCAAUCAUCCGGGGGACCGCCAUCAACUCCAACGGCCGGACGGGCGGUAUCACCCGGCCAAGCGCCCGUGGCCAGGAGAUGGUCAUCCGGGAAGCCUACCGCAGCGCCGGCGACCUCCCCUUCCGCGACACCAGCUACUUCGAGUGCCACGGGACGGGCACCUACGUCGGUGAUCCGAUUGAGGUGGCCGCCCUGGGGAGGGUGUUCGCCCCCGAGAGAUCCGCCGACGACCCUCUUCUCGUCGGCUCUGUCAAGAGCAACGUGGGCCACGGUGAAGGCGCCAGCGCUCUGGCGUCCAUAAUGAAAGUGGUGCUAUCUCUCGAGAACGGCGCCAUUGCCCCCUUGUUCGACCUUCAGACACGAAACCCCAACAUCGAUUUCCAAGGCGCCAACGUUCUGCCGGUAACAGAGGUCACCCCAUGGCCCAAGGACCGGCCCCAAAGAGCCAGCAUCAACUCGUUUGGAUACGGUGGCGCCAACGCUCACUGCAUCAUCGAGCAUGUCAGCAUCGUGCUGCCCGAUUAUGUAGCCCCUGGCGUCUAUCAGCGCAAGGCCAACGGUCAUACCAACGGCCACACCAACGGUUACACCAACGGAACUCACCAGGGAGAGCCAAGGGAACCUCUUUUGGGCAUCCAAAGACCAACUUUGGCUGCCUCACCCAACGCAGCCACACGCCAGCUCGUACUCUUGCCGCUCUCGGCCCACACGGAACGUUCUUUCGAGUCGAACCUCGCCGCCUUAUCGCGGGUCAUCGACAAGGUCCCUCUGGCAAACGUCGCGUACACCCUCGGUUCCAGGCGCUCGAGGUUCGCCCAACGGUCGUUCCGCGUCGUGGACAGGGACAGCAUCGCCCAGGGACUCGCGACGCCUCAGAAGAUUGUGCGGGCGCCUCUGCAGACCGCCAACCUAGGCUUCAUCUUCACCGGCCAGGGAGCGCAGUGGCACGGCAUGGGCCGCGAGCUGUUUGAGUUUCGUGUCUUCCGAACAGCCAUCGAGGACCUCGACCGCGUCCUCGGCUCUCUCGCGAACCCCCCCUCGUGGUCCCUGCUAAGCAUCCUCUCCGGGGACUGCGAAGACGUCGCGCUGGUCCAAACCGCCGAAAUAUCCCAGGCCGUGUGCACCGCCGCGCAGAUUGGUCUGGUCGACCUCCUUGCCUCGUGGUCCAUCAGGCCUUCCGGUGUUGCUGGGCAUUCGUCCGGAGAGAUAGCAGCGGCAUACGCUGCUGGCCGCAUCACGGCGGCCGAGGCCAUUGUGGCUGCAUACCUCCGUGGCCAGGCGGUCGCGAAGAACAGCCAAAAGGGCGCAAUGCUGGCCGUGGGUCUUGGAGUCGAGCAGGUGUCACCGUACCUCGACAGCAGAGAAGACGAAGUCAAAGUCGCAGCUAUCAACUCCCCAGGCAGCGUAACUUUAUCCGGCGAACCGGCCGCCAUCAAGGACAUCUCUGCAGCCAUGACGGCGGACGGCGUCUUCAACCGUCAACUGCAGACCGGCGGCAAUGCCUACCACUCACACCACAUGCUGCCAAUCGGACGGGAGUACUCGGAGAUGCUCGCCAAGGGACUCGAAAGCGUCCAAGACGUCGGGCCGGACUCUGCAAGGAGGCGGCGCUACGAACCUACCCUGUGGAUAUCGUCAGUGACACCUGCCAAGAGCACCACCGAGUUCGGCGAUGCGGCAUCGUACUGGAGAGCCAACCUGGAGUCUCCGGUCCUCUUUUCAGAGGCAGUUACGAGGCUCGUGAGCAGAGAAGACGUGCCCAUCAACGUACUUGUGGAGAUUGGCCCUCACCCGGCGUUGAAGACACCCUUGGAGCAGAUCCUAAAGGAUGCCGGCAAGACCGUCUCGUACGCGUCGACGUUGAAGCGACAGGAGGACGGUCGCCGCUCGGUACUGCAGUGCGUCGGUACUCUGUUUUGUCUCAACGCAAGCGUCGACCUUGCUGCUGUUAAUGCCGUCGACAUCGCAGAUGGGACACGGUUGGAACACGGCCAUGUCAGCUCCGACCUUCCACCAUACCAAUACACCUACGGGGGACUGAACUACCACGAGAGCCGUGCCAGCAAAGAGUACCGCCAUCGGUCCAUCCUCAGGCACGAUCUGCUGGGUUCCAAAGUUGUCGGCAACGCCAAACUGCGGCCCCAAUGGCGGAACAUACUCCGUAUGAAAGACGUUCCGUGGCUGGGUGAUCAUCGCCUUGUGCCAGAUGCUGUGCUGCCAGCGGCAGCGUAUGUGGCCAUGGCAGUAGAAGCUGCUUUACGCGCCCAUGCUGAGUCCGGCAGGACUUCAGGCGUUGAGGGGCUCUCGCUUCGUAACAUGGAUAUUAAGAAGAGCUUGGUCAUCCCGGAAGACGACUACGGCGUCGAGAUCCUGACGAGCAUGGAGCUGGUUGACGAGUCCCCGUCCCAACCCCCGGCAUGGGCGACCUUCUCAAUCAGCUCUGUGAAGCGCGAUACGGACGAAUGGACGGAGCAUAGCACCGGCCGCAUCAAGAUCCAUCACGCCAAGGCCGACAAGCACAUCGUCGACAAGCAUCAAGUCCAUCACGCCUCGCGCGCCGUGGAUGCCCAAGUCUGGUACAACAAGUUCCUCGACAUCGGCCUCGGCUACGGCCCGGUCUUUCAACCACUGUCCGACAUCCGCGUCGACCCGGUCUCCGGCGCCACCGUGGCGACCAUUGACCUCCAGCCAUCUUCUUCCUCUUCUUCUCUGGCGGGAGGUGAAUCACGAUAUCCAGUCCACCCGGCGUCCCUGGACGGGGCCAUCCAGCUGGGGCUGAUUGCCUGCCACAAAGGCCGGCCGGACGAGGCCAGCACGGCCUUCCUGCCGGUCCAAAUCCCCCGGCUUUACAUCUCGAACGCCAUCGCGCAAGACGUGUGCACUGUCACUGCGCGUGGGACGAGGCGGGGGAUCCGCAGCGCCCACCUCGACCUGCAGAUGCUCGGCCCCGACGGCGAGGUCCUCGUCAGCGUGGAGAAGCUGCGCUGCGUCAGCUACUCCAGCGAGGCGAGGCCUGCGGGCGCCGACGACGACGACACGGCUUUCAGUAGCCCGUUCACGCGGCUCGUCUGGAGGCCCGAUAUCCGCAUGCUCACAAACCGACAGGCCCGUCAGUUGUACCCGCCGCCCGAACAAAACGUGCAGAGGGCGCCUCUCUGGGGAAUCACGAACAGGGUGGCUCACCUGGUCAUCCUCAGCAUAUACGAAAGCUUUGGGAAGCUGGUGGGAGACGUGCCCAAGCCUUCCGGCGACGUCGGCCACUUCUUCGACUGGGUCAAGAGGAAGGCCCAGAACGACGACUCAGACGCGAUGAGGGAGGCCAGGGGGCUGGCGGCGGCGGUGGUCGACGGCGGCCUCCCGGACAAGAUUGACGAGCUAGUCGGCCAGGCCGGCGACGUCGUGGAGGUCCAGAUCGCGAAGCUCCUUCACGACCACGCGGCCGACAUCCUGUUCGAGCGCCGGACCGGCAUGGAUGUCAUCAUCGGCGCGGGCCUUCUGACGCCUCUCUAUCAGAGCGGCCUACUAAUGACGGGCAUCUACCCGCAAUUGUCGCACGUUCUGGAGGGCCUCGCCCACGCGAGCCCGAACGCGCGCGUCUUGGAGAUCGGGGGCGGCACCGGCGGCGCAACGCGCAUCGCCAUGAAGGCCUUCGCCGGCCCCAACGGCGUCAAGGCCUACAGAGACUACACGUUCACCGACAUCUCUGCCGGGUUCCUCUCGUCGGCGCGCGAGUCCCUGGCCGGGUUCCACGACAUGCACUUCUCGGUGCUGGACGUCGAGGCGGACCCCCUGGGGCAGGGAUACCAAGCGCAGGCGUACGACCUCGUCAUCGCGUGCCAGGUCCUCCACGCCACAUCCAAUAUGCACAGAACGCUGUCGCACUGCCGCCGCCUUCUCCGGCCGGGCGGCAAGCUUGUACUGGUGGAGACGAACCGCAACUUCACCGUGCCCGGCAUCGUCGUGGGCACUUUUACGGGCUACUGGGCUGGAAUCCCCGACGGCCGCGUGGAUGCCCCGUUCCAGAGCCUGGCCGCCUGGGAGUCCUCCUUGAGAGACGCAGGCUUCUCGGGCCUCGACUUGGUGCUGGAUGAUUUUCCGGAGCCGCACAACACCACUUCAGUCAUGGUAUCUACGGUCCUAGCAGAGCCGAGGGCGCCACCGCCGCCUCCUCCGUCUGCCGCGGUUCACCUGCUCCACGGCAGCAGCGGGGAGUCAUUGACGCGGCACAUUGCCGACGAGCUGGAGCGUUGGGCAUUCGAGGUGACGACCGGCCCGCUCGACGCAGCCCCCGACUCCGUCACGCCGGGAUCCCGCGUGGUGGCCCUGUGCGACGACGAGCAUCUCCUGGUCGACGGAGCCGGCGAUCAGGGCUUGCGCGUGUUUCAGCACCUUUCAAGGACCGCCUCGAGCAUGCUCGUUGUUACGAGCUGUGGUGCCGCCAGAGGGCGCAACGCGGACGGCGCUCUGCUCCCCGGCCUGCUGCGCGUCCUCCAGAACGAGAACCCCGCGAGCCGAUACGCGUCGGUGGACGUGGACGCGGACGACUUUAACAUGGAUGCUACCGAGACUGCAGACCUCGCCCGCCAGAUUGCUCAGCUGCUAGAUGACGGGCUCGGUCACGCCGGGCGCCCAGCGGCGAAAGACGACGGGGAGACGGAGACGGGUCCGGAUCUGGACCGUGAGUUCGCCUGGCAGGACGGCUGCCUGUGGGUGAGCCGCCACAUACCCGACGGGGGUUUCCAUUCACAACACGGCCUUGACGGCCGUAAGAUGAAGCCGGAGCUGCUCCCGCUCGCUACCCACGACGGGGGCGUCCGCGCCGCGUUCGAGACGCCCGGGGUGCCCGGCUCGCUGUACUUUAGGCCGUACAACGAGCUCCACCGGCCGAUCCCGCCGGGAUAUAUAGACGUCACCGUCGAGGCCGUCGGCGUAAGCGACAGGGACAUUGACACGUGGACGGGCCGCCGGGACGGAGACCACUUCUCGUCCGAGUACGCGGGCGUUGUCACCUCCGUUUCCGGCCACGGCCCCACUUCUGAUCCCGACUCCGAGGGCGCGGGGUCCACCCACGGCUUCCGGGUCGGCGACCGCGUCUACGGCCUGGGCAAAGGGCAGCUCGGCAAUCGUACGCGCGUCCCGGCCGCCUUCGCCUGCAGGCUCGCGCAGGGCCACGAUGCCAUGGGGGCAGCCUCAAUGCCCCUGGCGUACGCGACGGCGGUGUACGCCCUGGAGCACGUUGCCCAUCUGCGAAAGGGCACGUCGGUGCUCGUCCAGGCGGGCGCCGGCGACGCGGCGACGGCAUCCAUUAUCCUGGCGAGGGCCAAGGGAGCCGACGUGUUUGUCGCCGCCGAAACGCCCGAGCAGGUAAGCUUUCUCGUCGACAACCUGGUCGUUCCGGCUUCACACGUCAUCGAGGGGCACGGCUUAGACCGGCUCCGGCAGGUCGCACAAAAGACUCGCAGAGGCGGAUUCGACGCCGUCAUCUGCACUUCUAGCUACGGCAGCGACGUUCCUUCCGCAUUGUUGGAGGUGCUGGCGCCCCUGGGACGGCUCAUCGACGUCGGAGGCCGGGGGGCCGACUCGCAGACGCUGGAAUUGCUUCCGCCCAUGGCAACCUACUCCGUGAUCGACGCCCUCGCCAUUUUCGACGCGGACCCGGCUCUCGGCGCAGAGCUCAUGGAGAGCGUAGGCGACUACCACCGGAAAGGACUCAUCGGGCCUCUCCCGGGGAUCACCACGGUCGACGUCGGCCGCCUGCCCUCAGCGCUGCGCGACGCGGCCGACAAGGCGCCGGGAAAGCUCGUCGUCUGCUUCCAGGAUCCUGGGAGCCUCGUCCGGAUGGUCACGCCGGCGCCGGCCGCCAGGCUAGACCCGGAGGCCUGCUACGUCGUCACCGGAGCCUUGGGCGGCGUGGGGCAGUCGCUGGUCGGAUGGAUGGCCGACCGGGGCGCGAGGCACCUGGCGCUCCUCUCUCGACGCGCGGCUUCGAGCGUGCCCGGGGCUGCAGAGCUCAUCUCGUCGCUCACCGGCCGCGGCGUCCAGGUUGAGUGCUUUGCCUGCGACGUCAGCAACAAGGGGGACGUGGCCGACGUCAUGCAACGCGUCUCGUCACGCCGGCCCGUCAGGGGCGUCGUUCACGCCGCCGUCUCGUACCUCGACCUCAGCUUCGACAAGGUCGAGGCCGCGCGGUGGCGCGAAGGCCUGGCAGCCAAGGUUCAGGGCACCAGGAAUUUGCACGAGGCCACGCUGGCGAUGCCCCUCGACUUCUUUGUCAUGACCACCUCGGCCCUCUCACUCUAUGGAUUCGCGACGCAGGGCGCGUACACGGCCGCCAACAGCUUCCAGGAUGCCUUCGCGCGCUACCGUCGACGGCUCGGCCUCCCCGCGUCGACUGUGUCUUUCGGCCUCAUCAGAGAGGCCACGGCCGUGGGCACCGACGCGACGACGAUCGACCUAUUCGAGCGCAACCGGGCGGCGACGCUGAGCGAGUCCCAGUUUCUGACGCUCCUCGGGCCCGCGUUUCUCGACAACCAGACCUCACAUGCCGCGGACCCGGCUCAGUGGCCUGGCCGGCAGCAAGACCCCCUCUCGUGCGCGAACCUGCACACGUACCUCGACCCGCGUGCAAUGGCCAGAAGAAGGAGCAAGGCCUCUUCGUCUGCGGUGGCACCGCGCUGGCACGGCGACGCGCGCGCCUCGCUGAUGAUGCGCGCCGCGCGCGACUGCCAGCAGCUCUCCGACCAGCUCGAAGGCUCCCCCGGCGAAGCGUCGCUCAGCACCACAGCGCUCCUGCGGGCCGAGUUGGCGGCGGCCGUCGCGGAGGGGGCGGCCGGACGGCCCUCCGCCGUCGCUCUCGCGCAGGGCGCCAUCGUCAAGGCGGUCGCCGAGAUGCUGUUUGUCGACGCCGAGAGCAUCGACCCGGCUAAGUCGGUCGCGGACCUGGGCGUCGACAGUCUGAUUGCAGCCGAGCUGCGCAACUGGUUCCUGCAGGCGCUCGGGGCCAACAUCAGUAUGCUGGACCUGCUCGACCCGGCCGUGGGCAUCAGCAAGCGGGCUACCGACAUCGUCGAUGGGGCAUUGUCACAGUCUUUGAAGGCAUGA